AGAAAACACUUUUUGAAGUAUGGUAGGUUGCCUAUAAUACUCUAAUGUCAUAUUGUGAUGGUUCGCGCGUCUACCCGGUUUUUUUUUGCGUACAGUGUUUUUGUUAAAUUAAUCUAAUUUUGUGUUGCUGUUUGCGACUCAAUUUCUUUGCCCAGGAAAUCAAAUCGAAUUUCGAUAAUUGAUGAAGUUCCUAAAACCCGACUGGGUUCAUCAUAAUGAAAAACCAAUCUUUUCAAUUGAUGUUCAUCCCGACGGUACAAAAUUUGCAACGGGUGGUCAAGGCAGUGGACCAGAAGGUCUAGUGGUAAUAUGGAACUUGAAGCCGGUCCUGUCACCCGAUGCCGAAUUCAACAAAUCUGUGCCGAAAAUGCUGUGCAGAUUGGAAAAUCAUUUGGCCUGUGUGAAUUGUGUACGUUGGUCCAUGAACGGCACGUUUUUGGCAUCUGGUGGUGAUGACAAAGUUGUUAUGAUAUGGAAAAAAGGCAAAGGUCCCAGUGCUGUGUUCGGCAAUUCUGGCAUAACCAAAACAACGGAAAACUGGCGUUGCGUAUCCACACUCAGAGGUCAUGCAGGAGACAUACUUGAUUUGGCCUGGUCACCGCACGAUCGAUGGCUGGGAACGUGCAGUGUUGACAACAAUGUCAUUAUUUGGGACAUGCACAAUCCACAACUGAUCGUUGCUAUUUUGAAAGGUCACAGUGGAUUGGUGAAGGGGAUUACAUGGGAUCCAGUCGGGAAGUUUGUGGCAUCGCAGAGCGAUGACAGAAGUGUAAAAAUUUGGAAAACUUCUGACUGGACGUGUCAGUCAACGAUAACCGAACCGUUCGAAGACUGUGGUGGAACCACACAUGUGCUACGGUUAUCGUGGUCGCCAGACGGUUUAUAUUUGGUAUCAGCACAUGCCAUGAAUGGUGGUGGACCAACAGCUCAAAUAAUCGAACGUGAAGGCUGGAAAUGUGACAAAGAUUUUGUGGGGCACAGAAAGGCAGUUACUUGUGUGCGAUUUCACAACUCAAUCUUAAAGCGACAAACUUCGAAAGCAAACAAGGCCCAGCAAUAUUGCUGUUUAGCUGUCGGAUCAAGAGAUCGAGCUCUAUCGAUUUGGAUGACUGCGCUUAAGAGACCAUUAGUCGUAAUUUAUGAUCUCUUUCAAGACAGUAUCCUUGAUCUGUCAUGGAGUACGGACGGUCAUAUUCUACUUGCGUGCAGCACGGAUGGUACAAUUGCGUGUCUACAAUUUUCUGCCAAUGAACUGGGUAAACCUUUAUCCGAAGAGGACAAGAAUUCACUCUAUCAGCGAAUGUACGGAAAGAGUGCAAAUAUUGAUAUGGUGCAACCGGAGAAGGAUGUCAUCAUUGAAUAUCCAGAGUUGGUCAAUGUAGCCAAAGAACGACCGACAGUAAAUCAUUCCAACGAAAUUAGGGCUGAGAAUAAUGUUGCACCGGAAGUGGUGAGACCACGACCAGUAGUGAAUGCUGGAUCACCCAAAACAGCAAUACCUAAGCAAAUUGAAACGCGAACAGCUGACGGUAAAAGAAGAAUUACUCCGAUGUUUAUACCGCUGAAUCAGGAAGAAGUCUCAGAUACAACACAAGAGCUGAACAGCUCUUCUCGGAGCAACACAAAUAUGGUUGUUGACGAAGCUCACGACAAAUCGCCUGUGAUACCUCAACAAUUGAUUGCAGCUACAACAACACCGCCACAGAAACGACUCGAUCAUCUGCUUGAUAAUAGGCUAACAAAGCAGGCCCCAAUCAAAUCAAACAAUAUGCCAAAACCAUCACCACCGACAGCUACCUCAUCCGGUCAAUCGAAAUGUGACGAAACGUUUCCAAUUAAACUGAACAGCGUGAAUGCAGGCAAAGCCGUUCCACUCAAAGGCGCCCAUGAAAAGGCUUUGGGCGAAUUUACUGUAAAAAUUAGCAACACUGCGACGAACACAUCGUUCGGUUCACUAUCACUGAUUGCAUGCAACAAUCUGCAGAGCAAAAACGAAUUGUGGAAAAUUAACGUUGGCUCAUCGGUGGUAAAUUUCUGCCUAUCACAGAAGUACGUUCUGGCGUGCAGCUCAAACGGAACGCUUCGCUUUCUGGAUAUUAAAACCGGUAUUUGCAUUCUGCCUGUGAUCAAAUUACCCACGGCCGCCGUUCAAUCAGCAUUUAGCAUAAACAGCGAAUUCGGAGGCAUUGUCACCGAAUGUGGCUCGGUUCGCAUUUGGAACGUUCCUGACCAAUCGAUUUACAUUGCUUGUUCGUGCAAAGAUCUUCUGACCGGUUCAUACGUGGCCCAUUUUCACAUUACAGAAAAUGGUGUUGCCUUCGUUAUGCUCUCGAAUGGUUGCUCAUAUUCGUAUUCUAGAAAAUUGGACAGUUGGUUGGAGCUUAACUCUCGAGAUCCGGUUACACGGUAUGGACUGUCAACGACGCCAUCAAACCCAGUGAAAAAUAUACGAACGUGUCCACUAGGAGCCGUACAAUCAACAGCAAACAGUUUCCAACCAACUGUAAAAUCAUACACGGAUAUAACAACAACUUCGACGGACUGGCAACACGUUUGUAAAUUGUCUUUCAUCGAAAAUCAAAUAAAAAUUUGCGAAGAAAUUCAAUCGCCAAUGGAAUUGCAAUAUUGGUACGCAAUGCUCGGUUCACAUUUGGCUAGUCAUGGCACGGAAAAGAGGAUUCGAUUUUUACUGGACGAUUUACUUGGACCGACGCAUUCGUUUGUUGAUUUGACUAAGAUGCCGGAUAGAUCCAUUUUGGGAAUAUCGAAACAUACUCUACUCGAAAAAGUGUUGGAACAUUUCAAAUUGGCGCCACGAUGGCAACGAAUAUACAUGGAGUAUACAGAACAAUUGUCCGAAUUCCAGCAAUCAGCGACGACGACAAUGGAUUGUGAUGAUGUAAUAGGUUCGUGAAGUUAAAGGAAAGUACUUUUAGUUGUUGUUAACAAAUAAAAAUGAAAAAAGAACAGAAAAUUGUGAGAUGAAAA